CGAAGCAACCACGCCAUCACGCAGCGGCAGAUAGCAAGAACGUCUAUGCGCUCUCCAAGAUUCAAGAAGAUCCUCAACCCGAUUUGCGCGGGGGGAGGGAAGAGCUCUGGAGCCAUUUGAGGGGGCGAGGAGCUCUUACCUUCUUGGCGGCGCACAUGGAGAGGUUCGCCGCCAUGGCCGCCGGCCGCCGGGCAGACUCUGCUUCCGCUCCCGCGCCUGCCGAGGAGGAGGGGAAGGAGAAGGGGAAGGAAGAGGUGGCGAAUGAGAAGUACCUGAGCAUCCAGCUGGAGGAGAUCGUCAUCGUCAAGAACGACGACGUCGCCAGCCUUGGCGCCGCGCACGGCAGCAACCCCUUCGGCGGCGCCCGCGGCCGCGUCUCCGCCUCUGCCUCCAUGGGGCAGCGCGGCGAGGCCGCGGCGGUCCGGGGCGCGUGGUCGACAACCAUGGCGUGGAUAGUUGGCUCGAACUAAGAGUUUUUUUUUGUUGCUAAAUCUCAAUCUUGCCCUUGUUCUUGGAGACGAGGGGUCCGGUUCUUGGAUCGCUGUGGCUGGAGAAUUGAGAUGGUUCUGUAAGUCGUUGAAUUGGUGAACUUGCAUUUGUGUCAUGGCGCGUCGAUUUGAUGCCAAUUUGAUGGAUUUGGUUUCUUUUGCGGCCA